ACAGUCGUGUUAGCGUUUAACAAUAUGUUUACAAUGAUAUCCAAACUAAAUUGUAUGACCACAGCGUGGAUUGGUGGAUAUAUUACAUGUGUGAAAUGGAACUGUUGACUCAACAUUGUCAACAAGUAAAAGAUUGUGAGCUUUUACAGGAACUAUGUUUGCGUCAAGAGUUGCAACUUUAGUUGUUUGUUUCAUUCUUACCUACACAACUAUUCAGGGAGAUUACAAUCAAGAAUCAGAUUUCUUAGAGGUAGUCAAGAAAGAUUCAUUCGUUGACAAAUCAGCGUUCAUCAAAGACUUUCUGGAAGGAACGGACUGCAAUGUAGUGCUACGAGGGCCCCACAGGAGUGGGAAGUCUACAGCCAUAGACAUGAUCAGAAGAUUCGUCGAGAUCCAGCCAGAUGACCAAGGCCGUCCUUUGAGCCCUAACACGACAGAAAACUACAUGGCGUUCCAAAAACACAAUCUGGAAAUAUUCAAACACCAAGAUGUUGUGGAGAAACACUUCGGGAGGUAUCCCGUAAUCCUCUUCGACUUCCAGCCACUCAGUAAGAUAGUGUCCCAUUACGAUGUGCUGGAGAUCUUCAAGAAAUGGCUGAGAGAAGCCCACACUAAACAUCGCUACCUGCUACACGAGAGGAACAUCUGGAUAGGCAAACAUGAGAAGAGCCACUUUGAAGAAUUGAUGGAAAAGAGCAACAUCAAAUACGGCCCGAGUUACAUGAUCCAGAAAUUUACCCGGCUUUGUGAACUUUUGUACAUACAUUUUCAAAAGCCAAUUUUUGCACUGGUAGACGAUUAUGACGCGUUUUUAGAUAGUCCUGAUAUAAGUUUCAACUUUUCUAACGAUUAUGUUGUGAGCUUUAUACAAAACUUUAGUGCGGAGUUUUUCCAAAAGAAUAGGUUCCUGGGAAAUGUGUUUGUCACAGGAUUACACAGGGUGAGGCGUUCACCUUGCCCGGAUUUCAAGUUCAAUUUUCCCGCUAAAACUGUGUUUCAUAAUUAUACUGAUAAACAUCCACUGUGUCAACUUUUAGGAUCUUAUUGAGGAAAGUUUGUGUGGUAGCAGAGUAAUAUUCAAUUCUGUGUACCUGUAAAACUUUGAAAGA